GAACAUUCCUCCCCACUGACUCACUACAGUUCAAACUGUUCAAAAUCUAAUAGCAAAACUCUCUCAUUCUGGAGAAGGCUGUGAUAUUCUUUGCACCCCUUCAGAAGACAUUCACCAUUAAAGGAUCUUUACGGCACUCAAAGCUUCACUGCAUGAGUGUGUGGAAUAAUAUCAAAGAAAUAAAGAAGUGAGAGAGAAGGUGAUGAAGGGAGGUUGGGUCACCAGCUUUUUCUUCAUUCCAGCUGUGGUAACAAAACUCAGGUCAGCUCAUGCAUGAAAAGGGAUAAUCAGAACGAAAAAUUGGAUCAUGUUCCAUUUUAUUCUUCUAAAUCUUCUGACAAGUGCUGCCGGCUUGACCCUAGAAAGUUGUUUCCAAGAGCAGCUGCGGCUCCAGGCCCAAGUGAGACUUCUGGAACACAGCGUGAAGGAGCAACAGGCAAAAAUUGUGGAGCUGUUAAUGAAGAAGGACAUGGAACACAGAGUACAAGCCGCAUUAAGAAACAAUCUCAGUCCUGGGAGAAAGGAAAAGAGAAUGAAAGCAUGGACCAUCUUGAGUGUCAAUAUUGUGCCGAGAUCUAUAAUGCUGGACACAAACUCAGUGGAUUUUACCAGAUGAAACCUCUCCGGAGCCCCAGUGGGUUUGUUGCCUACUGUGAUAUGUCAGGAGGAGGAGGAUGGACUGUUUUUCAGAGACGGUCAGACGGGAGUCAAAAUUUUGAUAGGAACUGGGAUGACUAUGAAGAAGGUUUUGGUGAUUUUGCUUCUCCAAAGGGUGAAUACUGGCUUGGAAAUAAAAAUCUUCACUAUCUGACCUCUCAGGGAAAUUAUACAUUAAAAAUAGAUAUGUCGGAUUUUAUUGGAGAACAGCGCUUUGCACAAUAUGAAAACUUCCGACUUGGGGAUGAACAGAGUUCCUACAUGAUGACUUGUGGACAGUACUCAGGAACAGCAGGUGACUCUUUCACUGGGGGUUUUCACCCUGAAGUGAAAUGGUGGGCAAACCACCAAGGAAUGAAAUUCAGCACCAAAGACAGAGAUAACGACAAGUAUGAAAAGAAUUGUGCUGAAGAAGACAAUUCUGGCUGGUGGUUUAACAGAUGUCAUUCCGCCAACCUAAACGGCUUGUAUUACAGUGGGCCUUACUCAGCAGCGACAGACAACGGAAUUGUGUGGUUUACGUGGCGCGGGUGGUGGUAUUCUCUCAAAUCUGUCACCAUGAAAGUGAGGCCAUCAGACUUCAGCCCCGUUGAGGUUUAAACUUGUGUUCUUGCACUCUUCUUUUUAAAAACAAAUGGGUCUAAAAUGUAUUGUGACAUAUCCUUUCCUCACUUACCUCUGUGUAAAUUGACAACAUUAUGGAUAGUGGCUGCAGUCCAACACAAAUUGCCUCCACACAGUUGUUUUGGUUCACGGCAACAACCGAACAGGAGGGGGCCUUUCCCGCACAGUCUGCACAGUAUCACUAUGCUUUUGUGCACUUCUCAGCAUUCCCCUUGCUCUGCUGCAAUGAUUCCUAAGCCUGCUUUGGGGUAAUCCUUUUGGAACAAUUUCAUCCCCAAAACACGUUUUCACCAAUGUGGAUGGGAUGGUCCACAUUGUUUUUUUCGGGUCCCACCCACUCUGGCACCAUUUUCCUUGCCCCAGGCCCCCUGUAGCUAUCAUUCCUCCCUGUGCUAUCAGAGUGCUUUGGGGAGGUUUUAAAGAUGUUUCCUUGGCAUAUUGCUAUAGCCAUAUAACUCUGUAGCUGUAUAUCAUACUAUAGCAAUAUAACAAUUACUGCUUAAAAAACCCUCUCCAGUGGUUCAGGAGAUAAAUGAGACAAAUAUCAGCCAUGUGAGGCUAAGAUAAGGAAACUGCAGGGAAAACUGUCAUGUGGAUAUUCCACAGCAAGCGUUGUAUAGAAGUUCAGUGGAGAUAAAUGUUAAUUGUCAAUGAGCUAAAUAAAAGGUUUACAACUUUUUUGAGCCUUUGAAAUGUGGACUGUGGUGGGCAUAUCACAAAAUGGCUGCCACAGCUUAUCUGCCGUCACACAGUGGAGAUCCUUGUGCUGUGGUGGCAGUUGCUGUCAAAGCAACAUUUUAAAAAAUCUGCACAGCCAAUCAAAUCUCCAAAGGUCAUUCAGAAGUCUUGCUGGGCCUGUCCACUUUCUAAAAACACUUGACGGGUGUUGGGAUCCCUGAGCAAAAGCAUAUAUAGCUGGGUUUUGGCAAAUGGAUUUUGUACAGUUGCAAAUAAAAACAAUAUUGGACCAUGCA